UUUUAUUCGUCUUUCUGUUUCAAUGUGUGUCGUGUUGAAAAGUUUUUAUUCUGCGUUUCAAAUCAAUUUAUAAAAAGUAAUAAAAUGGCACCAAUUGUGAUUUAUCAUUCACCUUACAGUCCUUUCUCUCGAUCAGUUUUAUUGUUUGCACAUCACUUGGAACUGGAAAUUGAAGUGAAGAUUGUGGAUUUGUUGGAAGGAGAUCAAAUGAAGCCGGAAUAUCUUAAGAUGAAUCCACAACAUACUGUACCAACGAUUGACGAUAACGGCUUCUUUUUAUGGGAAUCCCGAGCUAUUCUUUGUUAUCUCAUGAAUACAAAAGCCCCACAUAUAAUACCCGCCUCUCCGAAAUCAAGAGCAAUCUUAAAUCAACGGUUGUAUUCAGAGAUGGGUGGUAUUGCUAAACAAUACGCUGCAAUUUAUAAUCCACUAUUCAAUGACAGUAACCGAAUGGAUCAAGUGGAGAUUAAGAAGCUUUACGAGAUUUUCUCUCUUGUUGAAGAAAACUACUUUCCAAACAACAACAAAUGGAUUGCCGGUGAAGAUGUGACUGUAGCUGAUUUUGCAUAUGUCACAACGAUUACAGGUUUAGUUGCAACAGGAAUUCAACUGGAUAAAUUCCCAAGGAUACAAAGCUGGUAUGAAAGAUGUAAAGAAAGAUUUACAAACUUUCAGGAAGUGAAUGAGGUUGGUGCUGAAAUGUUUGGUGAUUGGGUGAAGCUGAUGCUUUGCAUUCGUUACUUGAACAUCGAGGUCGAUGUGAGGGUUAUGGAUUUACAAGGGAAGAAAGAACACCUUGAACCAGAUUUUAUCAAAAUGAAUCCACAGCAUACAGUACCAACAAUAGAUGAUAACGGUUUCUACUUGUGGGAGUCAAGAGCCAUUCUCAGCUAUUUGUUUGAAGCUAAAGCACCUCAUCUGGUCCUAGCUUCACCUAAAGAAAGGGCAAUCGUAAAUCAACGUUUGCACAAUGAGAUGGGAAACAUAACCGGUAAAUUUGGAGAAAUGAUUACUCCAAUCUUCCAAGGAACUGAAACCAAAUUUAAUGAGAAAGUUCUUAAGGAAAUUCACGAAACGUUGUUUAUUAUCGAUGAAAAUUACUUUCCACAUGGAAACGAGUGGAUUGCUGGAGAAACUAUAACAGCAGCCGAUUUUGCAUACAUUACUAUGUUGUCAACAUUCUUGGAACUUGGAUUUAGUUUGGAUAAGUAUCCACGUAUUAAAGCGUGGGUUGAAAGAUGCAAGAAAACAUUGCCCGACUAUGAAGAGGCUAACGGCAAAGGUGCUCGCAUGCUUGGUCAAUAUGUUCUUUCAAAAAUCACAAAAGAAUGAUUAAAAACUGCUUAAAAAUCGAAAAUAAAAGAGUGAUGAAGGGUUUGAAAAUAUUUAUCAUCAACAUGUGAUUUUUGUAAUCAAUAAAUGAUAAAGCUGGUUUUAUGGUAUGUUGUGAAUAAAAUAUUGAUAGUGAGAAAUUAAACACCUGAUAAUAUCAGAAAAUGAAUUGAAA